AUGGCGAGCGACGACGCGAAGGCGGCGAAGAAGGCGAAGAAGGCGAAGAAGGAGAAGAAGGAAAAGAAAUCCAAGCGCGCGCGCGAGGACGAGGAGGCGCGCGCGACGGAGCGCGGUGAGGAGAAGAAACGCUCGAAACGCGACGCCGGCGGCGGCGGUGCGAACGAGGAAAAACCGACGACGACGGACGACGAGGCGACGGAACAGCGCGACGGGAAGAGCGAUGCGGCGAAGAAAGACGCGCCGGCGCCGGGGACGUUUCCGACGUCGUCCACGCACGUGUACAUGGGGAACCUGGCGUGGACCAUCGACGAGGCGGCGCUCGGCGAGGCGUUCGCCGACUGCGGAGAAAUCGUGAGCGUGAAUUGGUUCGAAGAGAAAGCCACGGGGAAGUUUUUAGGGGCUGGAGUGGUUGAGUUUAAAACCGCGGAGGCGGCGGCGGCGGCGGUGGCGGCGACGGGGCGGUUGGUGCAUAAACGCGAGACGCCGGUGCGAUUUUGGGAAAAGCGCGGCAACACGGCGGAGGAGCGAGCGGCGGCCAAGGCGGCGGGCGGGGGCGGGCGCGCGGAGAUCAAGCCCAUGGGGGAGAAGCCUGAGGGAUGUUACACGCUGUUCAUGGGGAAUUUGAACUUUCAGAUCGACGACGAUACGAUUUAUAAAUUCUUCAUGGACGGCGCGGGCGUCGGUCCGCACACCAUUCGUUGGCUCACGAACAAAGAGACCGGGGAAUUCCGCGGCGUGGGAUUCGCAGAUUUCUCGGGCGCCGAGAUCGACGCGGCGGCGAAGUUACACGGGGAGAAGUGCAUGGGUCGGCCGAUUCGUCUCGAUUGGCAGGCGCCGAGCAAUCGCGGUUGA